AUGGAGCCCAUAGAUUAUUUUGCAAAAAUCUUUUAUCACUUUCAACAUAAAUAUCAUAAUUUAUUGUUAAGCACCUGCAAAGAUGCUAUUGCAAAAUUUCCAUCAAAUGCAGCAUUCAAAUUGUACCAUUCUCUGGGCUUGAUGCUUACCAAUCGACUCGAAGAGGGUGUGCACGAUCUUGAAGGUAUUACUCAAGAAAAUGAUAUUAAACUUGCAUCUACUAUAGCGCUAAUGUACGGACAUAAAUUUUUGGGUGCGGCUGGCAGGGAUAUUUUCGUAAAGUUAGACAUUCAAAUGAAAGAGUACAGAAAAACUGCUGAGGCUCAGGAUUUCUAUAAUUCAGCUUUUGUCCUGGUUACGUUGAAUAAAGCUGAGAAAGCUUUGGAUUACGCUGAAAAAGCUGUAUCAAUUAAAACCUCCUCGGAGUUUUUAACUUUAAAAGGCUGGAUACUUCUAAUGCUAAAAACAUUAGGAAAGCACAAUACUACAAAUAUAAAAACAAUUUUCCACAAUGCUUUGCAACAAAAUUCAAAAGAUUUAUUGGCAAUAUUAGGAUACACCGAGUGUUGUUUGCACUUAGGCGAGUUUCCAGAAGCCUUAAUUUUUAUUAAUCAAGCUGUAGUGAAAUUUCCAACGACCAAUUUACCAUUGAUACAAAAAAUAAAAGUACACUUUGCUUCACAAGACUGGGACCAAACGUCUGAAACAAUCAGCCGUUUUAGUAUUAUGGAAGGAGAAAUUCUCUAUGGCCUCAAAUAUGAAGUUUUGAUUAGUCUAUGUCAUAGACAAAACUAUAAAGAAACUUGUAGUAGUAUCAGAAGAUUUUUGGAGUUACUAAGAAAAUUUGAACCAAAUAAUACAUUAGUACUACUAGAGGCUUCAACAUUAUUUUCAAAACUCUGCAGUAGAAGAGAAGAUAUUUUAAAAGAAACUAUAUCAAUGUUAGAAGCUGGUAUACAAAGUAACAUAGACAGCGCUGACUUAGUUGUUGAAUUAGGAUAUCAAAACUUUUUACUAGGCAAAAUCAAAGAAGCAAUUCGUCUAUUUAAAUCAGCCACUAAAAUCGAUGAGGGUUGUUUUGAAGCAUUUCUAGGCCUUUCUAUUUGUGAAUACGCAGAACACGGAAAAAGUGAUCAGCUUCAAAAACAAAUCCAAUAUUUAUUAGAACUUAAAGACGCGAAUAACUCCUUACCUUUACAUUUGCUUCAAGCUAAAACUGCUGAAACUUCUGCUGGAGCACUCAAUCACCUAAAAGUAAUAUUCGAUAUCAAAACUCAUUUACUUAAAGCCAAUUAUUACUCAGAUAAAUAUUUACAAAACUUAGAUCCUGAUUUUACUUUGGAUGUUAUCAAAGAAUAUUUACAACACACAACCUCUAGUAAAGAAGUUUUGGAGUAUGCGCUGGAGUUGGCUAAUUUGAUAGCAAAUAGCUGUCCGAGCAUUUCUGAGUCAUUAUAUUUCAAAGCUAAACUUCAACUAAUAAAAGGCGACAGUGUUUCGGCUUUAAACUCUUUGGCCAUGCUGUCAGAUUCAGCAUCCAGUGAAGCAAGCUUGCUUAUGGCACAAAUACAAGUUAAAAAUGGUCAAUUCGAUCGAGCAGCUCAAAGUUUGGAAACUUGCAUGAGCUCUAAUUUUAAAAUAAGAGAAAAUCCUCUGUAUCAUUUCAUUAAUGCCCUAGUCGAUAAAAACAGCGGCAAUUACGGGGAUGCUAUCAAAGCACUCACAACAGCUUUGAGUUUGUUGAAUACAACUGUGAAAAAUAAUGAUGUUUCGUUGGUAGAUAAAGCUUCGAUUUAUGUGGAGUUGAUAGAUUCUUUGAAUAUUGUCGGACAAACUGAUGAGGCUUUGAAAAUUUUGGAAGAAGCGACUCAAGAUUUACAAGGCACGCCGGAGGAAUCGAAAAUACUGAUUCUGAGCGCUGAUAAUUUACUCCAAAGGAAUAACGUCCAAGGGGCUAUUGAUUUGCUCAAUAAAAUUGGCAAGGAGGAAAACUGUUAUCGGGAGGCACGGAUUAAGAUAGCUGAUGUGUUUUUGAAGUACCGAAAGGAUAAAUAUGCAUUUUUAGAGGUUUACCAGAAUUUUAUUGAAGAAAAACCCUGUUCAGAAUCCUACGUAUUACUAGGUGACGCUUACAUGAAAAUCCUAGAACCAGACGAGGCUUUGGAAAAUUAUGAAAAAGCUCUUAAAGAAAAUUCUUCUGAUCUUUAUCUUACAACCAAAAUGGGCAAAGCCUUAGUGGAAACUCACUACUUUAAUAGAGCUGUAGAGUAUUACAAGAAGGCCAUCCAAGAAACUAACGAUUCCGAAUUAAAGUUACAAUUAGCUGAUUUAUAUCUCAAUCUCAAACAGUAUGAAAAUGGGGAGGUACUGUUACUAGAUGAACUUGAAAACGAUACAGGGAAGCUUAAUAUGGAGGAUAUUGGUAAUUUACUUUACAGGGCAAAAUUAUAUUAUCUUCUGUCACAAAUACAAGAAAAAUCUGGCAAUUUCACAUACGCAAUCAAAAGUCUUAAAGACUCAAUGCAAAGCCAAAUAAGGGUCAGAAAAAGAAUUGCUGUAGAGCAAAAUGGAUCUACUGACGAAAUUGACAAGCAAUUGAUAAACAUUUCCAUGAAACUAGGAGAAAUGGCAAUUGCAAUGAAAAACAACGACCAGGCAAUCAAUUAUUACAAAGACGGCCUUAACGUAUCACCAAAUAAUAUCUCGAUUUUGGUAGCUCUAGCAAAAUUGUACAUGCAAAUGAAUUAUUUGGAACUUUGUCAGCAAACGUGCGCUAUCAUUUUGAGAAUCGAUCCGGAAAAUGAAACAGCUUCAGUCAUAAUGGCUGAUAUUGCUUUUAGAAAGGUCGAUUUCGAUAUGGCACUGUUCCACUUCACCCAAUUAAUUUCCAAACAACCCACCAACUGGAACGCUUUAAUCCGGACAAUAGAAAUUUCGAGACGAUUAGGAAACAUCCAGGAAUGCGAAGAAUAUUUGGACAAGGCUGAGAAGCAUUGUACGAAUUCUCUAAAAGAGCCAGGUUUUCUCUAUUGCAAAGCCUACUACCAAUGGCACUCGGGAAAUAAUUUGAAUGCAGCAUUAAAAAAUUUCAACCAAGUCCGUCAAGAUCCAGAAUAUGGCACUAACGCUCUCUAUAAUAUGAUUGAAAUAUGUCUUAAUCCUGAUGGUGAGAUGCUUGCUGAGCAAUUUAUGGAUAGCGAUGAUAUUGAAUACAGAGAUUCUAGAUCAUUAGCUUUAAAGACAGCUGAGAGGCUUAUAAAAGAGCUAAAACAACGUCUAGAAUCCAAUGGUGAAGACUUACUCAAAUAUCGUCUCCUAUCAAAUUUCCGUUUAUUAGCCACAAAGGAAAAAUACAACAUUGAACGUGCUCUAGAAGAUUUCGUAGCUAUAGCUUCAUACAAUCCUAGCAAAGAAAAUCUGGGAGCUAUUUUAGGCAUGUCGACAGCCUACACCUUAUUAAAGCAACAACAGCGUGCUAAGAAUCAGCUUAAAAGACUUGUAAAACAUGCUUGGAAUUUCGAUGACUCUGAAUACUUGGAAAAAUGCUGGUUACUUCUAGCUGACCAGUACAUUCAAAACAACAAACUCGAGUCAGCCAAUGAAUUAAUAACAAAAGUUGUCCAGCACAAUAAAGCUUGCAUAAAAGCUUUUGAAUUGUUGGGAUAUAUAAGCGAAAAGGAUCACAGAUACAAAGAGGCGGCAAAUAAUUAUCAGCAAGCUUGGAAAGUGGGACAAAAAGCUAAUGUCAAUAUUGGAUUUAAAUUAGCCUAUUGUCUGAUGAAGUGCAAAAAGUAUCCCGACGCCAUCGAUACUGCAAAUGAAGUUUUAAAACUGAAUCCAGAUUAUCCGAAUGUUAAAAAGGAUAUUUUGGAUAAGUGCGUAAAUAAUUUGAGGAUUUAA